UCUGCCCUGCAGCGCUGCAAGGACCGCUUGAACUCCCUGGCCAUCUCCGUCAUGAAUCAGUGGCCAGGGGUGAAGCUGCGGGUGACAGAGGGCUGGGAUGAAGAUGGGCACCACUCAGAGGAGUCGCUGCAUUACGAGGGCCGAGCUGUGGACAUCACAACCUCGGACCGGGACCGCAACAAGUAUGGCAUGCUGGCUCGCCUGGCUGUGGAGGCUGGCUUCGACUGGGUCUACUAUGAGUCCAAGGCACACAUCCACUGCUCCGUCAAGUCAGAGCACUCAGCCGCUGCGAAGACGGGGGGCUGCUUCCCUGGGCGGGCACUGGCAACUCUGGAGGAUGGUGCCCGGACACCGCUGUGGGCACUGCGCCCAGGCCAGAGGGUACUGGCAAUGGACGAGGCAGGCAGGCCCAUCUACAGCGACUUCUUGGCUUUCCUGGACAAGGAGCCCCGUGCUCUCACCUCUUUCCACGUCAUCGAGACACAGGAGCCACCCCGGCGCCUAUCCCUGACACCCACCCAUCUGCUCUACGUGGCUGAGAACUCCUCAGCGCCCGCCGCCCAGUUCCGCCCCACCUUUGCCAGCCACGUGCGCCCUGGACAUUUCGUGCUGGUGGUGGCAGAGCGGGGCAGCUUGCAGCCUGCUGAGGUGGUGCGGGUGCAGGACCAGAGGGACGUGGGAGCCUAUGCCCCGCUGACGCGCCAUGGGACACUGGUGGUGGAUGACGUGGUGGCCUCGUGCUUCGCCCUGGUGCAGGAGCAACAUCUGGCGCAGCUGGCCUUUUGGCCACUCCGGCUCUACCACAGCCUGGUGGGGUGGCCAGGGGUACAGGGUGACGGUGUGCACUGGUACUCGGAGCUGCUCUACCACCUGGGCAGGCUGCUCCUGCCCCCCGACAGCUUCCACCCACUGGGUGUACCCCAGGUGGAGAGCUGAGGGUGCACCCUGGCCGGUGCUGCUGGCGCAGGUGGUGGCUGCGGGGCGGCUCACCGGUAGCCAGCAUCGCCUCCCAAAGCUGGGUGCCCAUGGGGAGCUGCCUCCAGCCCUGCCUGCUUGGGGCACAGCCACCUCCUGGUUGGGGGGCACCAGAGCUCCCUGUUGUGCCUCCUCCAUGCCUGCCACCCUCCUCCCCACCCCUGUUCCUGGGGGCACGGGGGGAGGCAUGAAGGGUCAAGCCCUCUGGACAUGGGGGUGCCCCUGGCUGGAUCCACAUGCUGCUAUUUGUGUGUGUGCGUGUGAUGUGUGUGUGCGUGUGCAGAAUUAGCUAACGACGGAGGUCUGGUAGACGAGGGGGAGUGGGAAGAGGGGUUCCCAUGGGGCUCCCAACCUGCCUGCUCCCUGUGGGAAGGCUCUGGGAGAGGGGCCCCAGGGCCCUUUGCUGGGCAGCCCGGGUGGGAGAGCGGGAGAUGCCACUCCCACCCUCGGGACAUGGCAGCUGGGACGAGGGUGACCUGGGUACUGGGAUGGUGCCUUGCCCUUAGCCCAGACUGUGGGUGCAUGGGGGCAUCCAAAACCAGCCCCUCUAUGCCUGGGGUGCCCAAGCACAGGUAGGGCUGGAGGGGAUGUUACAGCUCUGGCACAAGACCCCUGAUUUGGUGACACAAGUGCUGCUGGAGCGAGACACUGGGGAGCAGCACCCCAAGCUCUGCCCAAAGCCAGCACUGUAGCCACCUGGCCAGGCAUGCCCGUGGGGAGGCUGUGACAGCACGGGGAGAUCCAGCUGGCAAGAGGAGCUUGUGGAGGCAAGGUGUGCAAGCAGGAAGCUGCGAGUGCCAGGCAGGCAUGGGCCUGCACUGGUGGGAGCAGGGGUGGGGAGAGCUGGGGCUGCAGCCCCAGCCUGCUGGAGCCAGUGGAAGAAGAGUGGCUGGGGACUUGGAAAGUGCUCCCUCCCUUGCCUUCCCGGCAUCCAGCCCUGAGCUGGCUCAGCCCAAAGCCAUACCUUUCUCACCCCAAAGCUAAAAAAACUCGCCAAGCUCCAGACCCUGCCUGGCCUAACCUCCCCAACCCCCCAGCACCCCAAACCCUCAGGGUAACACUGCUGCUCACCAGCUCCCAGGAUCUGGGGGGAAUCCCAUCAGAGCUGCAGUCACGGUGCCCCUGCCAAAUCCUAGCUAGAGCCUCAGCCUCCCCUGGCUCCACGUGAGUGGAGGUGAGGGGACUGGAGGGGGGCUGUGACCCGUGUCCC